AUGGACCCCCGAAAAGUGACGGUGAGCCCUACGUCGCCGCCGGCGCCGCCUCCGCAGCAAGCGCAGCAGUCGCAGCCGCAGGCGGCCCAAGCGCCGGCGCAGCCCGCGCAGCCCGCGCAGGCGGACGCGGCGGUGAGCGUGAAGGAGCGCACGCAGCGCUUCCAGCGGCUGGCCUCCGAGAGCGACCUGCUGCGCGUGGCGGCGCCCGCGCCCUCCAACGCGCUGACCGGCCGCAGGGAUCCCUCCUCGGUAAGUGCGCGGAUGCUGCCUCUCCACGAGCUAGCUGGACUCAAACUUUCCUUUACAUUAAUCGUAUUUUACAAAUAUAUUUUGCUAAACACGGGGUGAGUGAGACGCUUCUGUUGCGGAAACGACGUCGCAAGAUCGCGACGGCGGCGAACGAAUGGGGUGGAAUGGACCGAUGGGAAUGGACCGGCUGAGUUUAGCACAGAGCCAGCAUUGCCCCUGUAUCUGCUGCGACUCUGAGGCCGUAGGGUUCGAGUCCUGACAGUGGUGUAUAUUCGAUACUAGCUGUAUAGCUAGUUCAACCACCGUCUGGGGGAGAAUUCUAGCGACAGGCUGCUUCGUUGUUUCCUCGAUCAACAGCAGGCGAAUGCCCGAGCAGUACUUUAACAAACAGGCC